AUGCUUCCACAAUCUCAAGGAAAAGAUUUCUUAACCGGAUUUGGUUACAGUCCUUCAACCAAUAAGUACAAGGUUGUCAGAAUCUAUAAUGGAAUUGUUGAGGUAUUCACUCUUUGCAGCGGCAUUGGAUGGAGAAACGUGGGGAAAAUGGACUAUGAUGUGCCCGUGUGGAAUGAGUACUGUGGUACAUUUGUGGAUGGAGCUAUUCACUGGAUGGACAAGAAAGGAACCAUUUUUGCCUUCGAUUUGGCUGAUGAAGAGUUUCACGAACUUCCAUCACUACCUUGUUUGCCACGAGCUGGUUUAAUUCCUUCUCUUUCUAUUAGUCUACAUGUUUUAGGCAAUCUCUUAUGUGCAUUACAUCUCAAUAAAGAAAGUUGGGAGAUAUGGUCUUUGAAGAAGCACAAAAAUCAUCAACAUGUGUUUUGGAGUGAAGAGUUUAGUGAUGUUAAUGAUAUCAAUAUCCAUCCAGUCAUAUUUACAAAGAGUGGUGGGCUUCUAUGCUACGAUAAAAAUGAUAAAAAUGUCUAUCGUUAUGCUCCAGAAGCUUCCUCUCCCAGAAUGCUUGUGAAUUUUGGUGACAGUGUUACAUUUUUUGGAUUCCCUCACAAGAACACUUUUGUGUCUUUGAAAGCUUUAGGAGAAGAAGAUACGAAACUAAUGGAUUUAGGGGAAAGCGCAAAGUCUAGCAGGGAGACAGAAAGCAUUGAUCAUCAGCCAACAGAAAAGAAGGACGAAAGAGAUCUCUAA